AAAAUCUACAUAACAUAAGGCCAUUUCACUUGUUUGUAUUUAAUAUCUAUAUAAAUUAUGCUAAUUAUAAAUUGCGUUAUAUGCAAUAUUCGCGACAGUAGGUAAAAAAUAGAUAUGACGUUUCCAACUGCACUUUCUGCACUUUUUUUCGGUUUGUACUCUCUUGUCGCGAAUUUUAAGUAGAAUACCUAUUUCUUCAGAUUGGAAGGUGUAAGGUGAUGUAAAUAGAGGAAACGCAGCAAAUAAUUGGAACAGUUUAAUCGAUGUCGUGUCCGCAAUCCGCGAACACCACGUGUUCAUUUGUGAUGACGAUAGUUAAUUCGUACACCUAAAAAUAUCCGUAGUUCAGCGGAUCGCCCGUUCGCAUCAGUUCCCAAUAAAGUGAUUAUUACGAGCAAUGGAUCUGCAAUAUCGUAAAGUCAUAAUUUACGCGAUAACGUUCUUGGCGUACGCCUGGUCCGGCUACGGCGCCGGAUUGUUGUCGAAUCUACGGGACGCCGUGUUGGCAGCGGAGUCGGUCUUUCAAGAUCUCUUCUCCAACGCCAUAACCGUCGCGAGGAAAAUCAAGGAUAUACACGAGGUGUUCGAUGCCGCAGUGGAGGAGAACUGCGUCUUCCAAUGUCCUGAUGGCUUCGCGCCGAAACCGGACUGGAAUCAUAAACCGCGAAGCGAUGGAUGCGGUUCCCUCGGAAUUAAAGUAAAUCAAGAGUACCUCCCGCUUUCUGAAAUGACAAAGUGCUGUGACUUCCACGACAUUUGUUAUGACACUUGCAAUACGGACAAGGAGAAGUGCGAUUUGGAAUUCAAGAGAUGCUUGUAUAAAUUUUGCGAUACGUACGAGACUACCGGCGUUACCGUCGUCAACACGUGUAAAGCUGCAGCAAAGGUCCUUUUCACGGGAACAACCGCAUUGGGUUGUAAGAGCUUUCUGGAUGCUCAGAAAGAGGCUUGCUAUUGUCGUAGCGAUAAAUGGAGCAAAAAUAAAAAGCCAAAGAAAUCAGCGCAGGCCGGCGGAGAAUUAUAACGUCGAACAUGAAAAAAAUAAAGGACAAUAUAAUAUAUAUCUCUAACAAAAUGUAAUUAAAUAGAAUAAAUUUCUAUUAAUCUCUUAACUGUAUAAGGUAAGGUUUCUAUAAGAGUUUAUUCUAUAAUAUUAUUUAUAUGACCAUAGU